UGAAGGAGGAAUGGCUCCGGCGUUACUCCCGGCUCCCGCGCUGCCGGAGCGGAGGCGAACCGCCCUCCUCCCGCCGGGGGAAAACCACCUUAACGCGGAGGCAGGAAGCCGCCGGGCCGGCAGGCACCAAUCAGGCCGGCCCGGGGAGUGGAGGGCGGCGGCGGCCGCUGCUGCCGGCGGGGGAGGGAGGCCGGCCGAGCCGGCCCGGCGGGGCGAGGGGCAGAUGGCGGAGGGCGGCCCCCCCCGGCGGCGGGGACCCGCCCGCCGCCUCAGGCGGGCAGGCAGCGCAGGUCGUAACCUGAAGGAGUGGCUGCGGGAGCAGUUCUGCGACCACCCCAUCGAGCACUGCGAGGACACCCGCCUGCACGACGCGGCCUACGUGGGGGACCUGCCCACCCUCAAGAGCUUGCUGCAAGAGGAGAGCUUCCAAAGCCGGAUCAACGAGAAGUCCGUGUGGUGCUGCGGCUGGCUGCCCUGCACGCCGCUGCGCAUCGCUGCCACUGCCGGCCACGGCCCCUGCGUCGACUUCCUCCUCCGCAAAGGGGCUGAGAUCGACCUGGUGGAUGUGAAGGGGCAGACCGCCCUCUAUGUGGCCGUGGUCAACGGGCACCUCGAGUGUGCCAAGAUCCUUCUGGAAGCUGGGGCUGACCCCAACGGCAGCCGGCACCACCGCAGCACCCCUGUCUACCAUGCGGCGCGUGUGGGCCGGGCAGACAUCCUCCGGGAGCUGAUCAGGUAUGGCGCAGACGUGGAUGUGAAUCACCACCUCGCUUCCCGGGUCCCCAGUCUCUCUCUGCGGCCCCUCACCACGCUGGUGGUCUGCCCGCUGUACAUCAGCGCUGCCUACCACAACCUCCAGUGCUUCCGGCUGCUGCUCCAGGCUGGAGCCAACCCAGAUUUUAACUGCUGCGGGCCCAUCAACAUCCAAGGCUUCUCCCGGGGCUCCCCGGUCUGUGUGAUGGACGCUGUCCUGCGUCAUGGCUGUGAGGCGGCGUUCGUCCACCUCUUGAUUGACUUUGGAGCUGAUCUGAACCUGGUGAAAGUGGAGGCCUUGGGAGUUGAAUCCACGGGAAGGGUCAAAGUCAACCCUGAGGCUCUGCAGGUGUUCAAAGAAGCAAGGGGCCGCACCCGGAGCCUCUUGUCUCUCUGCCGCAUAGCUGUACGAAGAAUACUUGGCAAAUCUCGUCUGGAUCUGAUCCAUAUCCUUCCAAUCCCAGACCCCAUUAAACAAUUUUUACUUCACGAACACAGUUAAAGGGCAACUGGCUGCUUUCCGGGACAGUUUGAUUUGGUAAAUGAGUGCGCUGAUAAAGCCAGGUGCCAAUCCUAACCCUUCCCCCACAGUGAAAUACUGUAUUGCUCAUGGAGUGCACAUAAUUCCCUGCCCCUGUGAUUUUCCUCUCCAAAUUUAGGGUGCAGUGAUUUUGUGUGUCUAUUCUUAAGUUACCGGUUAUCUAACUGGUGAUCUCUUGUUUGCAACUGGUUGGGCAUUGAGGCCGGUAAGUGUGUGUGGCUGUUACAUGAGCAAAUACAAUAUAUCCUAUAGCCGUUAGCAUAUGUCUGUCUGUUAUGACUCUACCUCUGUUAUCGAUCUGUGUUACACACACCCUGGGUCUCAGUGGCACUUCUGCGUGGGGAAAGUGUCCGUAGUUAAGCCUUUCCUAUUCCUAUAGUGUACAAGGGAGUCUCUCCUUGCAUUGGUAAGGGUUUUACAACAGCACUCUUCUCUUUCUGCCGCCAGUACCUGGCCUUUCUCUUCCGUAUGAAGUUUGUGAUUGCUGCUGUAAAAGUGGGUGUAUUUUCUUCUGUCCUCUUCUGGUGUGAAAUGCAUCCAAGUUUCCUGUCCAGUGCUGUGUGUUACUUGGGAAAUUGUAUCCGUGUCUCUACGUGCUGCAAGGUAGCUGCUGACUUGGCUUUCUUUGUGUAGAGGCCCCAUCGCACAGAUGGGAGAGUAGCAGAAUAUGUAAUCCUAUCCUGUCUGAGUCAUUUCUACAGAGCACCAGAUCUGCUGUGGCAGCUUGGCUCUCCCUCCAGCACUGUAAUGGACAAGGCAGGGGCUGGCUGGUCUUCCUCCCGACUGCUUGGGACUGGGUCAAGUCUUGUGACCACUGCCAUAGCGCGAAUGAGAAAACAUGGAGAGAAGAAGAAAAGGUAGUUUCACCUCUGGAAACUGAUAGCUACGCAGCCUGUUGUGGGGAUGUGAUCCCUAUGGUUCAGUCACCACUGCAGUGGUGGUGGGACAAGGACUGCGAUACUCAGAUGAAGCCAGCACGUGAACCUGAAAGGUUUCUAGGGUACUUUUUGGAAAAGCAAUGGCUAAAUUUAUCUUCUGUUCACUGUAAAAUGGGUUUGAAUAUUUGAAGUGACCAGGAGCAACAGUGGAGGGGUUGCUAAAUUAAACUGUUGUGUUGCUGUGCUGGAUGGUGGUUGAUGCAAUGCCUGUGAAUAUAUCUGUGUGAUUAUGAAGAAAAAGACACCAAAAUGAUCUCUAGACUGCCUGCUUGCAUUAUUGCAGUGAUUAUGAUGUUAUUGAAGGCCCGGUAAAAUAGCUGACAAUGAAAUAGUCACAUAGAAAUAGGAAGUUCCUACUUACCUUUUACUCCAUAUCCCACAGUGGCAGUAUGACCACAGAAAACGCUCCCAGAUCCACUUAACAGGUCUUUUUGUUUGCAUACUGCUUCUACCAGCAUUGUGGAAAAGGGAGAAGAAAGGACUUUUUGUCUUUUCUUGAAGAGUUAGUAGGUUAUGUGCUUCUAAAUGCAAUGUUGCAUCCAGCAGCCUGGGCUCCUUUGAUUUCCAGUGCCUCUACAUUACUGUUUACCUUCAUGUCACAAGCUCACAGAAGAGUGUCAUUCUGCAGUGAGUCAACAGCCUUUCAUUGGGAUCUCAGGGUCAGCCAGCUCCUUAACGGUAGCAACGUAGUCAUUGUAUAGGAAACAUUGUCAAAAGAGCAACUUUAGAAGGACAGAGAUGAUGGUCCCUCAGGAUCUUGGGUAAAAACUCAGGUAACGUUGGUACUUGCUUUUAUUUUACUGAUUCAAGUUCUUUCUAGUCCCUGUGUUAUAAGUUGAUUUUUUUGGACAAUUUUUCUUUGUCAGAUAUUCUUCCCAUGCUCAUGGAGUUGGCAAGGGUAUGUUUUCAGAUGUGAUCCUAAAGAUGUUGGGGAUUUAUUUAUUGUAUGGUAUUAGUGCCUAGGGACCUGUUGUUGAGAGCUGAGUUCAGCAUGGGAUGGCAAGGACAGUAAGACAGCCCCUCCUGGGAAUGGGAUCUAGCUCUGGUCGCUCUCUCCUUGACCCGCUGCAGUAACAGGGAAGUGGGGUUGUUUAAGCUGCCUUGCAUUUCAGUUUCAAAUGCCUUUGGCCGACAGCCCUGGCUAUCCUGCCACUAUAGGAGCAGAUCCUCAAGGCUGCCCCAUGGACUUGCCCCAUAGGUCUUGACACUAGUUACCAAAUGUUCUUCUUGCAGAGGCAUUAAUGCAAAAUCACAGUUCAGCUUCUGUUCCUCCCACUAUGGGUUGUAUUUAGGGUGGAGUUCAAUAAGCAACAAUGGACUUUCUUGUAUGUUUUAUUAUCUGCUGAAGAACACGUGCCUUUCCAAGAUGCUUUCAGAGAAGGAGGAAGGGUAGGAAAAAUGCAGUCUUUGAUUGUUUCCUGUUAUUUCAUUUCUAUGGCCAGACCUGGAAGGUCCGGCUGGCCCCUUACCUUGCUCUACUCACUGAUUUUAGGAUAAGUGGCACAAUUUGCACUGCUGAGAACAGGCUAAAAUGUGGUGGUUACACUCAGUGCUCAGAUACCAAAGCAAACGAUACUUUCAAAACCCGCAUCAGGUGAGAUAUAAUGGCAAGGAUAUGUAGCUGUAGGCAUGCUUUCAAGGUGAGAAGGCAGCAGUUUUGCACUGUUUCCUUUUCAGGCUUGCAGAUGGUUUAGGUUUUCACCAUGCUGGAGGCCAGGGCAGCCCAUAAGCUUGUUGCCUGAGAGUUGUGCGCUUGCUUUAUAGAAGUGUUAACAUGCCUGAAAGAUGCAAACAGGUUGUAAAGCCUCUUGUCACCUUGCCGGUGGAACCAUAAUGUUUUGCAGGAGCACAGGCCGAACAUAUUCUCUUGCUCCAGUGUAUAGAGGCAGAAAACGAGGUAGAUUGUCUUGAGAAAAUGCCAUGGCAGCAGCUUCUUUGGGUUGACUUUUUUUCCCCUUGAUUUUUACUUGUUUGUGCAGUUUUGCAAACUGGUCAUCCAUUAGUGCCUUUUGGGUGAAGGUGGUAGGAUGGACGUGGAAGGCAUAUGCUCUGGGAGAGCUGGCUCCACCUGGAAUGAACUAUGGUGAAACGCCAUGGUGUGAAUGAUGGAGGAUGGCCCAAAGAAAUGUGGAGAAUUUAGUUGUUAACUCAGUGCCUGAUGUAACUCAAGUAUAUAGUUAAAGGUAAGCCUCUGCAGAUGACCUGUUACAAUUUUAAUUAUAGAUGCUUCGGUAUUUGGUUUGUUGACUGUUGUGCCCUUGCCUGGGCACUGUCCUGCAGUGUGUUUAUGGAUAGCCAGCCAGUGGCACCCUGACCAGUCUAGCAACUGUGCUCCCUCCCAGAACCGUAACUCCCAUAUGAGUGAAAUUGGAAAGCGCACCCUCUUCCCAUGCACCGAGUCAAUACCUGGUACUGAUAUGAUUCCUUUGUAGGUCCCACUGGUAAGCUCAAGCCAUACUGGGGGUGGGGACUUUGGCCUCUCUGAGUAUGGCUAGUUCUUUUGACCUCAAGCUUGAAGGACUACGUGAGUCUUCAAAUCCAACUUAUGUGGAGUCCGAAGGAUUCCCCUGACCAUGGAUAUCUCCAGCCCCUGAUCCACAAGUCAAAGGAUGGUUCUCCCAACCCAGUAGCAAACAAGCUUGAAGUUCGUCAAUCACUUGGACAUUUGCAGAAUCAAAGCUUUGAAGUGCAGGAGACAUUUUGCCUGGACUACCCAUCCAACUCUGAUCUUAACUGAGGGACUGUGCCUCCUUGCAGAGGUCUUGGUGUUAAACCUGGAUGGUCUUUCUUUUGACUUGAGGGCUUGAAGGGAGUCCAACUCAGGGGGACAACUCGCAUAAUAUUAAGCCGUAAGUCCAAAGAUUACUGUUAGAGUAAGUCCCUGUGGACAUUGGUUGCUGAAGCUACAUAAAUGCAGCUUUGCCUAAGUGAAAUGGUUUAAUACGCAGACUUAGAAGGUCUGGAAUUUUCAUUGUAGAGAGAUAAUAAUGAAUCUCAAAAUAGAUUCAUGAUAUUCAUAUACCACAGUGUCCUAUCCUGUAGGGCCAAAACCUAUAGCCUCUGGCUGUCCCUGUCCUUUUAAAUCCCAGAAACAGCAGUCUUCCAAUAUGAAAUCUGAGUAAUAUGUGCAUAUUCUGUAUCUUCACACUAUAUAAGCAGCAUUUAUUUUUGCCUUAACUGGGACUUUACCAUUUCCUCCUAUGUAGCAAAGCAUUCUCUUUUGUAAAGGUCUUUUUAUCAUGUUGUCGAUGGGACAUGCUCAAUUAACAUGAAUAACAAAUGAGUAUCGUGAAGUCAUGGGUGGGAAAUUAAACAUUUCUGCAGUGUACCUCCCCUAUAUUGAAGAACGCCUAUUAUAUUUGUGCAUUAUAUAUAAAGUGUGCAUUGUGUGGCCUUGCUAUAAGCAUGAGUGGGAUGGGAUAACAAGAUUUGGAAAAUGGUUAAAGAACCAAAACAGAUCUGGAAUAAGCAAAGCAGAUCCAAAGCAGUCUUUUUCAUGUGGGCUUUCUUCUUGUCUUUGUUGCUAUAGGGGAUUUCCAGGGCACGAAAUGGUGGUACCCAAAUGUAAUUUCCUGUUUUUGGGGAGUUUUGCAAAAGGCAGAAGAACACCAUCUGUUGGGUCAAAGUGUUUUUUUUUUUGUUUUUCUUUUUUUCCCCCAUCCCCAAAGUUAAGUAAAGCACUUUUAAAACCAAAACUGGCCUUUGGAGUACAGCAGCUCUUUAGCCCUUCCUGCUUCAGUGAAGAAAGCAGUGUAAGAACCUGCCCAGGACAGAGUAGAGGUGACAGAGUCCCACUUCACGAAAUGCUCAUCAGUGGUCUGUUGGCUUUGCCCAGGGUAAAAUGAUUGUGCACAGCAGCAAGAUCAGAUCUGAGAGCAGAUAGGAGGUAUCUGUGGUGGGCCUGGAUCCAUGUGUAACUGAAUAAAGAUGUUCUAGUGCAA